AUGCGUCUUACCAUCCGCGACACGAAGGAGGAGGUCGGCUCCCACAUCGCCGACUACAUCGUCCGCCGUAUCAACAAGUUCGUUCCCACUGAGGAGCACCCGAACUUCGUCCUCGGUCUCCCGACCGGCUCCUCCCCGCUGCCCGUGUACCGCCGCCUCGUCGAGCUGUACAAGGAGGGCAAGGUCUCGUUCAAGGAUGUCAUCACGUUCAACAUGGACGAGUACGUCGGCAUCCCCCGCGACCACCCCGAGUCGUACCACACCUUCAUGUUCAAGAACUUCUUCUCCCUGAUCGACAUUGACCCCAAGAACACCCACAUCCUUGACGGCAACGCGGAGGACCUCUACGCCGAGUGCGAGCAGUACGAGAUCGAGAUCAAGAAGGUCGGCGGCAUCGACCUCUUCCUUGGCGGCAUUGGUGCCGACGGCCACAUUGCGUUCAACGAGCCGGGUUCGUCGCUCAAGUCGCGGACGCGUAUCAAGACGCUCGCGUACGAGACCAUCAUCGACAACUGCCGUUUCUUCAACAACGACCUCGCCGCUGUGCCGCGCAUGGCGCUCACCGUCGGUGUCGCGACCGUCAUGGACGCGAAGGAGGUCGUGCUCAUCGUCACCGGUGCCAACAAGGCGCUCGCGCUCUCGCAGAUGAUCGAGGGCGGCGUCUGCCACAUGGUCACGGCGUCUGCGCUCCAGAGCCACCCCUGGGCCCUUGUUGUUUGCGACGAGGACGCCACCGCCGAACUCCGCGUCAAGACCGUCAAGUACUUCAAGAGCAUUGAGAAGGUCCAGAACGAGGUCGAGGCCAAGUACGGAGAGCAGGGAAGCUGGCGCAUGGGCGUCGCCAAGCCUACUGCCGCUUAA